AUGUACAAGGCCGUCAUCCUGCCGAAACUAAUGUAUGGAGCGGAGACUUGGACGGUGUAUGCAAAGCAGGCACGCCGUCUGAACCACUCCCAACUCAGUUGUCUUCGUCGCAUUCUGAGGCUGGACUGGCAGGAUCGCAUCCCCGACACGGAAGUACUGGAACGAACGGGAAUCCUCAGCAUCUACGCCAUGCUGAGGCAAAUGCAGCUGCGUCGGAGCAGCCACCUGGAGCGCAUGAACAACGAGCGACUACCCAAUCGGCUCUGCUUUGGAGACGUCGCGACUGGUUCUCGCCGCCAAGGAGGCCAAAUUCGCCGUUACAAGGAUACCCUGAAGUCCUCCCUGAAACGCCUGCAAAUUAACCCCACCAACUGGGAUGAGCUCGCAAUCGAUCGACCGACCUGGAGGAGGACAGUGAAGACAGGCGCUGCGAUCUACGAAGCCAACCGCAUCGCUGCCGCCAAAGCGAAACGCGAAACCCGCAAAUCACAACUUCCACCAGUACACAACGCCGCCGCACAACCGCUUUCAACGUGUCCUCGACGUCAACGGACAAUCCAGGCUCGAAUCGGACUUGUUGGACAUCCUCGGAUUAACUGCGCCUCUCGAACUGCAUCAACCAUCGUCCCCCCGCCCGCCUCUUCCUCCUCCUCUCCGCCGCCAACUAACUCUGACAAUUCUUCUCGCCAACCACUUCCAUCCUCCUCCUCCUCCUCCUCCUCGCCCACGGCUCCAACGACGGCCGCUCAGGCGACUGUCCCGCGCGCAACAACCGACACCAUCACCACCUCCCCCGACUCCAGCGAUGAGGAUCAGGACUACACCUGCCCUCACUGCGACCGCAGCUUCAUCUCACACAUCGGCCUGGUCGGUCACUACGGAAUCCAUCGCACAGAGACUGGCGAACCAGUGCCUGGAGCACCAACCUACACCCACCGCACUCGCCUCCACUGCCCACACUGCCCUCGCACCUUCAGGCAUCGCAUGGGCCUUUUCGGCUACAUGCGCAUCCACGAGAACGGCAUUGACUGCAUUCCCGACACACCCUCCACAUCCAGCACAUCCACCGUGCUCAUCCCCACCCUCGCUCCAUCCGUCUGCGCCACCACCACCACCACCACCGCCUCCUCUGUCGCUGACACUGACACCACCGAAUUCUCAUGCCCACACUGUCCACGCACCUCCACCUCACGCAUCGGCUUGAUCGGUCACUUGCGAAUCCAUCGCACAGAGACUGGCGAACCAGUGCCUGGAGCACCCACCUAUACCCACCAAGCUCGUCUCAACUGCCCACUCUGCCCGCGCACUUUCAGUCUCGCACAGGCCUAUUUGGCCAUAUGCGCAUUAUCGACGACCUGCGGUAAACAACCGCCGGCCACACCACACAUUCUUUCACCCCUUACCUCCUCCUCCUCCACCACCCCCACCAUCACCCCACCAGAAAUCAACACUCGCACACCUCAUGCACCCAACUGCCACCUCCCACGCAAGUGGGAAGUCCGCAUCUCCACUCGGUCCCCAUGA